GAGUUCGAGUAUGACGUCAGAGGGAAAACGAACAGACGACACAAUCAAAAAAUGAUUUUGAAAUUUCUUUUCAAUGUUUUGCAGAUUUAAUGGAUUUUAAACACUUUCUGUCUACAUAUAUGUAAUUGAAAUCGGGACGUGUGAAUUUCAUCGUAAUUUAGCAACGAUUUUUCCAAUUUUGAUGUCAACAAUUUUGAUCCAGUUGAAUAAUUCAAAAUUAAUGUCUCAAUAAAGUAGACAAUAUGUCGUCAAUAGAAAUUCAGUCCUUACAAAAUGCGUGUUUCUCAGGUGAUGAGGGGACAGUAAAAAAUAUUCUUUCUCAGAACAAUUUUAAUAAUUACCUCGCAUCAUCUUCUGGUUAUUCACUGCUUUGUAGUAUGCUCAAAAAUUCUGUUUAUUCAUCACAACGUCAUGACGAAUUACAAGUAGAACGCGCAAUGUACGAACAACAUUUAGCCAAGUUUCUCGAAAUUUCCAAACUUCUUUUGCAACAUCCCGUGAAAAUAAAUGACGAAUCUCAAGAACGCGAUCAUACUCCACUUCAUUUUGCUGUAGAAAUUGGAAAUUUGGAAAUCGUCAAAAUUUUACUAACGAAAGGAGCUAUUGUUAAUGCAACAAAUAAUAAUUCAGAUACACCUCUACAUAUUGCUGUUUCAGAAAAAAAUAAUCCUUCUGAAAGUGUUAUUCAACUUUUACUCGAAAAUGGAGCUGAUGUAAAAAUUCAAAAUAAAUUAACUUGUACACCUUAUGAUUUGAGUGUUAAUUCAAGUAUUAAGCGUAUUUUGUCACAGCAUGAAAUAAAAAUGCUUCUUAACAGUGAUUGGGCAAUUGAGAAAAAAGAUUUUGAAGGUUACACAUCAUUACAUAGAGCGGUGGAUAAUGACAGGUAUGAUCUUGUUGAAUUUUUACUAUCUAGAGGAUUUGACGUGAAUGCUGAGACAGAAUUUAAAGAAACACCUCUACAUUUUGCUAGCGAAAUGCGUCAUGAAGAAAUUACGCUUCUUCUUUUACAAGCAGGUGCAAAUAUUAACGCUACCUCUGAUACAAAAAACACUCCAUUGCAUUUGGCAGUUGAUUAUAAACCCCCUGAAAGCUGUGCUGAAUUUCUAGAGAUGCUCGUUAAUAACGGUGCUAAUUUAACAGCUAAAAAUGAUUGUGGUCUGAUUCCCUUGGAUUACGCCAUUGAUAAUAAUUCUUUGAUUGAGGCCACAAUUCUCCUGGGUAAAAAUCCAAAUAAUUGCGAUAUGUCUCUAAAAAUGUCAUUUUGUCAUUCCUUUCUAGCUCCCUUUUUUGGUUCAGUAAAUGGUAGUGAAAUUUUCAAAGAGUAUGAGUGUAAAACAGAAGUCCAGUUAAUCAGUGAAUUGUUUUAUAAUCAUGGUUUUAGGAUUACGACCGAAGACAUAAAGAAUAUGCCCAUUCCAGAAAGAUUUCCAUAUUUCAAUCUAACUCGUUCAACGAUGAAAGAAUCUAGAAGCAUUGUGCAAGAGCUUUUAAAUAAAGAAGAAACAUCCUGUGAAGAAAAAAUGAGACAAGAUUUAGUAGAGUAUUAUGUAUUAAUAGGCGUCAUUAAAUAUGGAUUUAUUGACAUUUUCUAUAAUUUAUUACCAAAUGUUUCUAACUUUAAUACUUGUUUGCUUGAUGGUUUAACAUUACUGCAUCAUGCCUGUGGUAAAGGACACUUAAUUAUUGUUAAAGAACUUUUGGCACGUGGUGCCAAUGUAAAUGGAGGUGAAAAUAAAUUUUCACCCCUUCAUGUAUCAGUAAAAUACAAUUUCGUAGAAAUUACCAAAACUCUAUUAACUAAAGAUGUUAAUAUCAAUUCUUGCAAUAACUACAAUGAAACCCCACUUUUUGUCGCAGUUUCAGAGAAGAGUUUCAAAUGUAUUCAAUUACUUCUCGAAGCUGGCGCUGACGUUAAUUUUUCUCACAAGUACAAAAAUUACGGUAGUAGCGUUUUGAAAAAAAACAUAAAUAUUACAAAACUUCUUCUUCACUAUGGUGCCACUUACUCUCAAUGGGAAACCGAACCAUUAUUUGAAUUUUCAACAUCUUUUCCAUCUACAUUUCAUCCUCACGAAGUUGAAGAAAUGAAAAACAUGAAAAUUGGUGAAUCUGAUGUGACAGUUUACGAUCUUCUAACUAUGUCACAUAGACGACUUUCUAUUUUAAUGCGAAAUGAAAAUUUUCUCCACUCUAUAAAUUCACUUGAUUUUGAAACUUUAUUUCCAAAUUUUGCCCCUAGAUUUGAGGUCCAUGUAAAUAAAGCAAAACUUGAGAAGCGAUUAAUAGAAUUAAGUUACGAUUGUUUUCAAACUAUGGUAAAAUUUCAAUUACCUAUUCUUGUUAUGAAUGAAAUUAUAUCGUACUUGAACACUGCAGAUUUACAUCGACUUGUAAUCGCUUCACCAAUUAAAUCAGAAAUGAAAAAAACUGUGCAAUUCCAAAGUUCCGAAUAGGCUGAGAAUUUAAUAAAUUAAUAUACAUUUCUGCAAUUCUGAAAUUUUAAUACAAACUUAUUUGAUUAUAAGAAUUUCGUAUUAUUUGUAAUAUCAAAUGAAUGUAACAAAUCUAAUAAAAAUUAUAUAACACUG